UUUAUAAUUCAUCAAUUGUUGUCAACUUUUGGGUUAUUGACUUUUUGCAAUUUACUUGGCUUCUUGUAAGCGAACAAUCUUAGAAAGAUGUAUAGAACCAUGAGAUAUACAGAUUGUUAUUUCUAUCAAUGGAAAAUACGUAUCUGUCAGUCAUAUUUCAUUCCACUAAAUCAUAUAUAGGGUUAAAAGUGGUAUUUUUUUGUCAUUCAGGUCCAUUCAGAAUACUUGUCAAGCGGUCAUUUUUUAUUGAGGACUUGAUCUGGAGAGAGCUUCUAAGGCAUAUAGGCAUAUUAUUCAUACAUCACUCAAUCAUCCACGAUCUGUCAAAUAAGUUGCUUGGUGUGAUAUUUAUAAUAAUCAUGCCGGACACACAUGCCCUAGUUAAUGAUUUCUUGAACCAGCUCAAGAAACGCAAAAUUGAGGGCUCAAAGGCCACUGCAAAGCUGACAGCAGAGCUUCUCCGUUCGGUGAUAUCACAGCAAAGGAUUCCUCACACGAACCAAGCUGGGGCUCUUAUUCAGGCCAUUAAGGCUAUUGGAGAACAACUUAUUGCUGCUAAUCCUGUGGAAGUUGCUGUUGGUAAUAUUGUAAGGCGUGUACUCCAUAUAAUUAGGGAGGAAGAUCUAUCACUCACAACAGCUUCUAUUGGUGGAUUGAGCUUACACCCCAUGAGUGAUGAUGAAGAUAACGUUGACCCAGAUGAUCUAUCAGCUGCUGCUGUUGCUGCUGCGGCCAGAAGCACCCUGAGAGCUCCUUCCUUGCAGACCCUUCUUGAGGGCGUGCCUCACUCUGCACCUCUUCAUCAGUCUUCAUCUUCUGCUGGUGAUUCUGAAGAAAAGACCAAAUCUACUGAUAAAAAUUCAAGGAGUCGAAAGCUAAAGCAUCAUGUGAUUGAGACUGUCAAUGAGCUUAUUCGAGAUAUUACCACCUGUCAUGAGCUGAUAGCAGAGCAAGCAGUGGAGCAUAUUCACCAUAAUGAGGUUAUAUUGACCUUAGGCAGUUCGGGAACUGUAAUCGAAUUUCUUUGUGCCGCUAAGGAGAAGAAAAGAUCGUUUCGGGUUUUUGUAGCAGAGGGUGCUCCAAGAUAUCAAGGGCAUACUCUUGCAAAGGAACUGGUUGCUAGGGGACUACAAACUACAGUAAUCACUGAUUCUGCUGUAUUUGCCAUGAUUUCACGUGUGAACAUGGUUAUUGUUGGGGCCCAUGCUGUCAUGGCUAAUGGUGGAGUGAUAGCUCCUGUUGGUUUAAAUAUGGUUGCACUAGCAGCUCAAAGGCAUGCUGUCCCUUUUGUUGUUCUUGCGGGCAUUCACAAGUUGUGUCCCUUGUAUCCUCACAACCCACAAGUGUUGCUGAAUGAGCUCAAGUCCCCAUCUGAGUUGCUGGACUUCGGGGAAUUCUCAGAUUGCAUGGAUUUCGGUAUUGCCUCCGCUUCUCCUCUUCUUCAUGUUGUGAACCCUGCGUUUGAUUACGUGCCACCAAAGCUCGUCAGCCUAUUUAUUACCGACACCGGAGGGCAUAAUCCUUCAUACAUGUACCGCCUCAUUGCAGAUUACUACUCUGCUGAUGAUCUGGUUUUGCAACAGCGGCCUACUUCUUGAGAUUGGUUUGCCCAUAUUUGCUUUUGAUUCUUGAUUCAAUCUUGUUUGUCAGGUCUAGUCCAUGUGCUAAAAUGCAGCCUAAAGCCAGAUAUGCCUUGGAUUGUAAAGAUUGAGAACUUGGUACCUAAGAUUAGUUGGGACAGAGCUCGGUCUACUUUUGCAUGCCAAAAAUUGAGAGAUUUAGGGUCCUUGUUAGCGAGCCAUCAUUCUUCCCUAAGCUGCCAAAGUCCGAUCGAAGAUUCAAACCCAUUUUUGUUACGACAUGUUGAAAGUAGUCGUUGAAUGAACUUAUCGUUACUCUCUUCACCUAUGCUGUGCAAUACACCAGUUCUUGUGUAGAUAGAUAUUAUACGAUAUAGUAUUAUAGAAGUUUGAGGUAAUAACAGGUUUGUGAUGUUCUUGGAUGUUUUGGGUCAUGUUUGUAUUCAACGGGUAAUCUAUCAAAUUUCAUCGUGAUAUGGAUCGAUCAUUCAAUUGUCAGCUGUGAAUCAUUCUUGAGCUAAACGAAAACAUUACUUCCCAAGC